UCUUCAUCUUGCAUCGCCGUAAGCAAAAUCGCGUGACGGUACCCGCGACAUCCGAGGACUUGUACGCGUUCUUUGACGUACGUGACGCAGACAUUUGGGAAGUAGAGCGACGGUUCGUGCGCUUGGGGGAGAAACUUGGCAAUGGUGCCUUUGGUCAGGUGUUUCGAGCAUGGUUCUGCAACCGUCAUAGUGGCGAGGAGCGCAGCUGUGCUGCCAAAGCCCUCAAACCGGGGGCGCCAUUCAGAGCUCGUCAAGACUUUUUGUCGGAAAUGACGGUGAUGAAGGAAAUAGGAGCUCACCCCAAUAUAAUCGGCAUUUUUGGGCACUGUUUGCGCGACGAGCCUCAUAUUUUACUGGUUGAGUUAGCAGAGUUGGGCAACCUGCGUGACUAUCUGCGUAAGUGCCGGACAUCCCAGAGCAAGCCACAGUUGCUUGGGAGUCGCCAGCUGGCCGACUUUUGUCUCCAGAUUGCCAGCGGCAUGUCGUUUUUGGAGCGGAAAAAUGUGAUUCAUCGUGAUCUGGCAGCUCGCAACAGUCACCAAUAUGCGACGCCUAGACCCGACGGCGAGCGCAGACUCGUUAUUAUGCGAGUCAUGUUCGGCCGUGCCUAUGUCCAUUCUUCGCCUCUUUUCGGGGCGCUGGCUCCCCCACUGCUGUCCGAUGCACCCAUCAACGAGCGCGGUCUCGGCAUCGGCGGGCUGCUUGACGUGUCUUGCUUUGUGUGUGUGUGCGUGGUGACUGAUCGCUUGUGCUUGGAUGGCCGUACAGCACUGAACAUGGCCUGCAGUCACGGUCAUGUCAAGGUGGUGGAGAUGCUGUUGAAGCUCGGUGUUGAUACUGAAGCCAAGGACAACGGUGGCUUUACACCACUGCACCGGGCCUGCCACUAUGGUGCUGUCAAGAUGGUGGAGAUGUUAUUGAAGCACGGUGCUGAUGCUAAAGCCAAGAACGACCGUGGCAAUACACCACUGCGCUUUGCCUGCCAGAAGUAUGCUGUCGAGGUGGAGAUGCUGUUGAAGCACGGCGCUGUAACUGAAGCCAAGAACAGCGUCAGUACAGUACCUAACCCUCCCUCUUCUCCCCUUUACCGGCUGCUGCUCCUGCUCCCGCUGCCCAUCGUCUUUGGCCCCGUCCCUCGCUCCUCUACACCCUGCCCACCCGUGCGCGUCGGUUCUCCCCCUGACUCCUUUUCUUCCUUCCCGCCAUCCCUUUUCCCCGUUUUGCGUCCGGGUUUCGUCGGUGCUCCCUGCACCCCGCUCUGUUUCGUUGUAUCUUGA